AUGGACAAAUCUAAAGAAAACAGUGUUUCAGGACCUAGCAGCAAGACAACCAUUCCACUUGGGGAAGGUCCAAAACGUGUGCCUGUGACUCAGCUGAUUUCUUCUCAGAAUCAGUUACCUGCAAGUAGUGGACAAGCUCAGCGAGUCUUAUGUUCUUCAAAUACUCUUCUAGUUUCUUCCCACAAUGUCUCUAGUCAUAAAGCAAUUCAGACUCAACAGCCACAGAAGUCACAACCAGCACCUGUAAUUCAUCCUGCCUCAAGACCACCACAUAGUACUUUAAACACUGAGCAAUCUCAGACACCAGUGUCUGCAAGCACUCCUGGAAAGGGAGAGCCACCAAGGCAGAUAAACGAGGAAACCAAAAAAAGGCAGUGGGCAUUGGAUGACUUUGAAAUUUGUCGCCCUUUGGGAAAAGGAAAGUUUGGAAAUGUUUACUUGGCACGAGAGAAGCAAAGCAAGUUUAUCCUGGCACUUAAAGUGCUUUUUAAGGCCCAACUGGAGAAAGCAGGAGUUGAACAUCAGUUGAGGCGAGAAGUAGAAAUACAGUCUCAUCUUAGACAUCCUAAUAUUCUGAGAUUAUAUGGUUAUUUUCAUGAUGCCACAAGAGUUUACCUAAUUCUAGAAUAUGCACCUCGUGGAGAAGUCUAUAGAGAGCUUCAAAAGCUUUCAAAGUUUGAUGAACAAAGCACAGCUACUUAUGUCACAGAGCUGGCAGAUGCUUUAUCAUAUUGCCACUCAAAAAAGGUGAUUCAUCGAGAUAUUAAGCCAGAGAAUUUACUACUUGGAUCAGACGGAGAGCUGAAGAUUGCAGAUUUUGGUUGGUCAGUUCAUGCUCCAUCAUCUAGGAGGACAACUCUUUGUGGCACACUUGACUAUCUACCUCCUGAGAUGAUUGAAGGCAGGAUGCAUGAUGAAAAGGUAGAUCUUCGGAGUCUUGGAGUUCUGUGCUAUGAAUUUCUAGUUGGAAAACCUCCCUUUGAAGCAGAAACAUAUCAAGAAACCUACAGAAGCAUUUCAAAGGUUGAAUAUAAAUUCCCUGACUUUGUAACAGAAGGGGCUAGAGAUCUCAUUUCAAGACUUCUGAAGCAUAAUCCUUACCAAAGGCUGACACUAAAGGAACUCCUUGAACAUCCUUGGAUCAUAGCGAAUUCUUCAAAAUCACCAAGCAGCCAAAAAAGCAAAGAAUCAAACAGUGCAAAAUCUUAAGAUUCUUGCCUUUUAGGAAAUUUGAGCCAAGGUUACUGCGUUACCAUACAAGAAAUGCUACUGAAGUGGGAUGUAGUUUUGGGAAAUUGCCUUCGGUCUGGGCUGUUGAAGGGGGAAAAAAUUAACUUGAAUGGUCAAUACCUUAACUUGCACUAGUUGUAAUCUUCAGUUCUGUGAGUUAAGUGAGAAAACUCAACUACACUUAAAUAUCAUUCUGAAGUAAGACAGUUGAAG